UUAUAUUUCUUGCAGAUCCGUAGCUUCUCAACGUCCUCUCUUGCACGGGCCAUUAUUCAUGUAAGUCCACCCACACAAUUUUUUGGAAGAGAUGGUCGCUAUGCCACUGCUCUUUAUUCUGCUGCUAUUAAAUCUAAAAAUCUUGAGACGGUAGAGAAGGAUCUACUCAAAGUUAAGAGUACCCUAUCAGCAGAUAAAAAGUUCCGUGAGUUUUGCCAAGAUCCAACUAUCAAACGUCAUGUAAAAGUUCAAGCCUUUUCUGAAGCCUUAAAGAAAUUAGGUCUUUCCACUCAAGUCAACAAUAUGCUUCACAUCCUCGCUGAAAAUGGUCGCCUUAACACACUCCCAAAAGUUCUCGAUACCUUUGGGCAAAUUAUGGUUUCUCAUCGUGGUGAAGUAUCUUGUGUUGUAACAACCGCGAAACCGCUUGAUCGCGCCACCGAAAAGGAUCUUUCCACUGCCCUUGAGAAAUUCCUUAAACCUGGACAGAAGCUUAACCUUUCACUUAAGGUUGAUCCCGAGUUGAUUGGCGGUAUGGUUGUAAGCAUCGGGGACAAAUACGUCGAUAUGUCCAUACAAAAGAAACUUCGAUCCUAUAAGGCUAUAUUGGAACAACCUGUGUAA